CUGGUGAACCAACAUUGAGCUCAAAUAUUAUCAAUUAGCCUCUUCUAAUUUAUGAAGCUGUUGCAAAUAUGGAAGCAAAUAUGAGAGCAUUCAUAUCAGUAUUUCCAAGUGUCAACACUUUAGAAAAGGUAUUUAGUAGGAAGAUUAGUUCUUGCAUUUCUGACUGCAGCCCAUUUCAGCUGCUGCACAGCAUUUGCACAAUUUUUUGUCUUCACAAAGGGAUUCGUCUCCGCUUCCAGCAAUGUAGCCGCACUUGAAGAUGUGCUCUCUCAUGCACUUAGCUCUAACCUUUGGCUUUUCAAAGAUGUGUGCUCUCUCUUCAAAACUAAUUUCCUCUGUCUCUUCAGUAGCAAGGAGUUCUCUGACUGUCUUGACAUCGCCAGCAAAGGCUGUAGCUACAAGAAGCAUGACAAGGGCAAUUAAGAGGUAAGAUUUCAUAUUUAUUU